AUGCCAACAGUGCUUUUGCAGAUCUUCUCCUCGUACUUCUACCCCGACAGCUCCGCUCCGCGGUACGUGACCGCCAUGGCAGCGAACUCAGCCUUCUCACUCGGUGCGAUUGUGCUAGCGCUAUUCAUGCGAUUCGUUCUCCGUCGCGCUAAUCGGCGCAUCGAUAGGGGGGAGACAACCGUGACGGAGGAGAUGAGAGGUCACAGCAAGAGAGAGAUCGCUGGUGUCUCUGAUGAAGAGCGCAUUGCGCGAAGGGAGGGGUUCCGAUACAUUGCCUAG